AUGGAUUCAUACUACAGAGACUCCGCGCGCUCGCCAGGGGACAGGGCCUGGACUCGUGAGGAUUCGAGAGGCAAGAUGGACAGGGCGGACGACAGCUUCUACCGCGGCAGAUCUCCCGGUCACGAUCGACGUCGGUCCAACCGCUCACGAUCGCCUCUACCCGUCGACAGGUAUGAGCCUAGGCGAGCCAGGGAAGACUAUCCUCCUCGCGACAGAGAUGACAGACGCCGCAUUACCUCUCCGCCAGCGAACAUUGAUCGAUAUGUCCCUGGGCAAGAGGCAACUCCGCCUCAACCUAUGACGGCCAACCCCAUUCAAGACCCGUUGAAGCUACCUUAUCAAGUGGGAUUUUCCUACUUUGGCGAAUGGUGGAGGCUGAAUGAGAAAGUCAAGGAAGAGAAAGAGCGUCAGCGCACUGGUCGCCGUCGGGAGCCCGACCGUGUUCGUGCCAACACCCAGGAGGAGCGCGACAAGGAAAAGGCCAAGAUUCAGGCCGCGUAUGACUCGUACAAGGAAAGCCUACAGGCAAAGAUGGCCAAGACCUUUGUUCAGCAACACAAAGACGAGCAAUGGUUCCGUGAGCGCUAUGUUCCCGAAAUUAGAGAUCCCCUGAAGGCUCAACUCACCGAGUUCCGAAAGGGACAGUACACUCAAUGGGAACAAGAUCUGGAAUCCGGCACUUUUGAUGAAUUCACUUUGGAGGGUAUCCCCAAGAGUGAAAGCAACGGCGCCGGUGGUGUCAUCGAGAAAGAGGAGGGCGAAGCCACCGCGGCGAACGAAGUUCUUGGUGUCGGUGACUUGGUCCCUGCUAGCAACUCUGACCUCCGAGAUGAGAACCUCUUUCAGCCAACCCUUCUCAUUAAGACGAUCGCUCCUAGUGUGAGCCGUCAGAAUUUGGAGGCGUUUUGCAAGGAGCAUCUUGGGGAGGAAGAGGGUGGCUUCAAAUGGCUUUCACUCAGCGACCCUAACCCGUCCAAGCGGUACCAUCGCAUCGGUUGGAUCAUGCUUCACCCGGCUGCGGAGACUGGAACGAUCAUUGAUCGCCCAGACCCCAAAGAAGAAGACGAGGAUGGUGACAUUAAAGUUAAGAGCCCUGGCGCGACGCUUUCGACGGCUGACAAGGCAUUGGAAGCCAUCAACAGCAAGACAGUGAAGGAUGAGGUCAGAGGUGAUUUUGUGUGCCACGUUGGUGUGCAUAACCCGCCCGCCAACCCGCGCAAGAAGGCCUUGUGGGACCUUUUUUCAUCUCCGGAGCGCAUCGACAAGGACCUAACUCUCGUCCACCAACUCGUCAACAAAUUUGAGGCGGACUAUGGCUCAGAUUUCAAUGCUGUUCUGAAGGUAGAGGAGAAGGUUGAUGAGUUGAGGAAUGCAGGACGUCUGCAGCCUCCUGUGACUUCGGCUUCGGUCAAGAAGGAAAAGGUCAAGAAGGAGCGGUCUGUUAACCUCGACGAGGCUAUGGACGAAGGGGAGGAACCCGAGCCUGAAGAUGAAGAAGAUGAAGAAGAGGGCGCUAUUGACGAUGAUGAGGUCGAUGAUGAGGAGCUCUUGAUCAAGAAGAAGCAACUUGACCUUCUCAUCGAGUACUUGCGCCGCGUCUUCAAUUUCUGCUUCUUCUGCGUCUUUGAAAGCGAUUCUGUUCAUGAGUUGACUCGGAAGUGCCCUGGAGGUCACCUUCGUCGGCCUAGGAGCACGCUGUCUUCUUCAGCUAAAGAGGUUGCCCGCGCAAGUGCUCUUGGCGAGCCUUUCCCCAAGAAGCGUUCGGAUGCCGCUGAACUUGAAGAGGGCGAGACUACUGAGCCAGACCGAAAGUUUAGAAACGCCAGCAAGUCUGAACAACAACUCCAGCGCGCCUACAAUUGGGUGAAGACAUUCGAGGAUAAGAUCAAGCAGAUUUUGGAGCCAGACGCGGUUGAUAUCCGAAAGCUCGGCGGUAAACCCAUCGACGAAGCCGUCAGUGAGGAGAUGGCCAAGUUCGUCAAGCAGGAAGAUGAGCACAAGUGGAGGUGCAAGGUCCCCGAGUGUCAAAAGCUCUUCAAAGAGGAGCACUUCUGGCGCAAGCAUGUUGAGAAACGGCACGUGGACUGGAUGGACAGUCUCAAACAAGACUAUGAAUUGAUCAAUGCGUACGUGAUUGACCCGGCUCACAUAGCGCCUUCACGGACGGACGCCAAUUCCAAUGGUCACUUUCCGCCGGCGAAUGGUCAAGCGCCGACGGGUACGCCACGAGGUUUUAACCUGUCGAACUAUGGGCUGAACAAUAUGUUGCCUAUGGGAUUCCCUCCCAUGCCUAACUUCCAGCAAAUGUUUGCAGGCGCCAUGGGUAGCCCCGCAAACUGGAGCCAGUCCAGCGGAGGGGAUGACCGUGGCGGCGGCGGCCCCGUUCGCCGUGGUGGAGCCUUCAACUCUGCCGGGAGAGGCUACAAUAACAACCGAUCCAACCCCUACGAUCGGCCGCGAAACCCUCGUUUUGAGGGCGGGAUGGGUGGCAACAUGAUGGGGGGUGGCCGCCCCAACCGUGGAGGUCGCUGGGGAGAUGGCGCUGGUGGUGGCGCGGCCGUUGGGCCACGCGAAGCCAUUCAAGGACGCACGCUGAAGAGUUACGAAGACCUGGACCAGGCCAGCGGUGGUGGCGGUGGAGAGCUGAACUACUAA